CAUGCGUACUAUAACCAGAUUACCCAAAGGCCUUUGCAAAAUUUCCCGCGAAACUUCGUCGUGGUUUUCGUUUCUACUUGCCGUUUUCACAUUUCCAAGGUCACGUUAAAGGCACAAGCGGUCCUUGAAACAUGUGAAUUUGAUAUGGAACAUAGAGGGACAGAGCCAAUUAUGCUCGAUUAUGGAGAUCCAUGUGAAACAGCGGACAGAGGAGUGGUACGAGUUGAGGCGGGGAGUCGUCCUGACUGCCUCCCGGUUUGGAGAAGCUCUCGGAGUGGGAAAGGGACGGCCAUAUGACUUCUUCUUGUCUCUUGUGUCAGAUGAUCCUUUGUAUGAGGGAGAUAGUGGCAACUCCUUUACACAGCAUGGCAUAGAUAUGGAGCGUAUAAUAGAUGAGAUGUAUGGACUUCUGACUGGCAACCACACAGAGGAGGCAGGUUUCUGGGUACCACAGCCAAACAGUGUAUUAUACAAACUCUGUGGAGCAUCGCCUGAUGGAAAGGUGUAUUUUGGUUUGGAGACCCAACCAGCAGGGCUGGUGGAAUAUAAGGCUCCCGUCAACCACCUGUACACCCAGCAGAAGCACCCCCCACAUGGCAUACCUCGAAACUACAUGGCACAGAUACAGGGUCAGAUGGCUUUCUCCGGUCUUCCCUGGUGUGACUUCAUGGCAGUUUGUACAGCAACAAGGGAGAUGAUGUUGAGGAGGGUUCACUUCCACCAGAAGUACUGGAGCUUCCUGGCUAACCGACUCAAACAGUUCUGCCUGGCAGUGCAGGCGGCACGGCGUAGGAAAGAAAAUGGGCUGCCCUUUGACAAAGUACCAGGUGUGCCUGUACUCCGGCAGCUGCAGAUGUCCAGGAGCCUGUUCCCUGGGGAAGCGGACAUCCAUGUGGAAGACUUAUUACAGGUGAAUGAGAGAAGACAGUACCAGUCUACUGCAGGUCGGUGGAUGGACUACAAUUUCCUGAUGGGAAUAAGUCCCGAGCCUUCUCUGACAUUCCCACCACACCUUUCUGACAUCUUGUCUAAACUUGAUGCAGAGAUUGACCAAAAGAAAAAUGAGAAAAAUAAAAUGCUCACUAUAGAAGGACUAUAACAAACAAUAGCAUAUUGUUGUUGAAGGAAAUUUAUUUUUUCUUUAAUUUUAAAAUCUUUGAUCAUGUGUAGUCUAUAUCUAUGUUUGACUUUAGAGCAAGUGUGUAUAUACUGUAGAAUAUACUUAGACCUAACAUUACAAUUACUCAGGGUACAUUGACGAAUGCAUUGGAUGAUUGACAGUGAGUUAAGUGUCCAUUUAUACUCUCCAAGCAGAGGUUAGGCUCCGGCUAGUUGUUUUUUUUACAUCUUUUGAGGCAUUUUUAUUUGGCGUUCUAUUUUAUCAGGGUUUUUUUUUAUCCACAAGCCAAAAAGAAGACAUUAAGAAAACCUGACAAAAUAGCACUGUUGCCAUAAGAAUGCUUAAAAAUGCGUCAAAGCAAGGUCAAAGCUAGUCAAAGCCUAACGUCGGCUUGGUGAGUAAUGUAUUUUGACCUUCAAUGAUGUACAGUGUGAGAAUGUCAAUAUUGGUGAAAUAUAUUGUUAUGUAACAGAAAGAGAACACCAAAACCUAACAUUGUACCUUUGACAAUGCAUACAUUUAUAUUGCAAUUACAAACAUGUGUAUUGUUGAAAAUCUAUAUAUAGAUAUUUUGUAUUUUAGUGUUAUUUUGUUGAAGCUUCAAGAGUUGAAUGUUCUGAUAGUAUGUACACUAUAUAUAUAUAUAUAUAUAUAUAUAUACAUCGUUUCAUGUAUUCGUUUUUAAAAAGAGAACAAAGGAUUUCUUUUGUGGACUUUUCAGUACUAAAUGUUAUCUUUUGCAUUCCAGUUUGAAACUGCCAAUUACCUCAAAAGAUGCUCAGGACAUAAUAAAAUGUAGUACGUAAUUAA